AUGGUAGAGAAACUUGUGUUUGUACUGCUGUCCUCUCGGGAACGUGAUCCAACUGCCAACACAAAAUUUAACUUCACUUUCACUAAAAUUUUGUUGCAAAGCAAAUUAUCUAAGAAGUGUACUGGUUUAACGCAUCCAACUGUUUUGAAAUUUGGCCACACUGCAAAAGUAACGAUCAGUGACCAUGACGUCUAUGACUACGAAGCGAUUGAGGACCUCAGCAGCGGCAAGCGUGGACCGCCUGGCGAGGAGUUCUGCGACACCGAGGACUUCGAGGCUUCCUGCCCCGACGAAGGUCAGAUCAUUCUCAUGUCAGUGGCCAGGUACGGGAGAAUAAAGAUCGGCAGAUGUGUAGAGUUUCAUCUGGGUUACAUCAACUGCUUCACUAACGUUCUUAGUUUGAUGGAUGAGAGAUGCUCCGGAAGGAAGAGAUGUCAGCUGAGAGUUCCUGACGCUGAGUUUGAAAGGACAGGACCGUGUCUGAAGGAGUUGAAGAACCACAUGGAGGCUAGCUACAAGUGUGUCAGUGUGCUUCCGUGUGGAAGUUGGAGAAGUCCCAGCCUCCUCAACAUCACCUCUCCCACACACGGAUAUUUGGGAGUGUCUUCAUCACAUCCAGGAAACACGUGCUCUUCAAAAAUUUUUGUUCCACGUGGAAUGACGCACGUUACAGACAACAACAACAAUAUCAACAACAACAGCAACAUCAACAACAACAUCAACAACAACAACAACAACAACAACAUCAACAACAACAUCAACAACAACAUCAACAACAACAUCAACAACAACAACGAACGCAAAAAAGUUACGACCACAAUGGAGAUCAGUUCGUCAGGUUUCUAA